AUGGCAAGUUUUGAGAAUGGGUACACCGACAUUUCUUUGGCAGAAGCUACGCUUUCGGAGGAGGACCGAAGCAAAGGCUGGAAAGUGGGCUUCAGCGAGAGAGAACAGAGGGUUUACUUUUAUAACCCUGUUACAUGCGUUACACAGUGGGAGAGUCCGGCCGACAGUUUGACCGAUGGUGCUGCAGCUAUCUCAUCGCAGGCUCCGUCAGAGAUGGAGCAACGACCGAUCCUGCCCAAGUUUCCUAAAGGUCUCAUACCUCCUCCUGCUCCCGUGGCUGCCAAGUUCACGAAGGACAUCGUUAAUCUCUCCACUAUUGAGACAUUGACCAACACCCCACCAAUGUCUACCAAGAGAACGAUGAAUGAGGCCUUUCCUGAAGCUGAAACGGCCCAUACAGCCGCAAAGAAGCCAAGGCGUCAUAUGACGAUGAGGUUGCCGGACAAACUCCCCUCGAUGGAGCAAGAGAUGACAUUCUCGGACGAUGUCCAUGCCGUGCCUCUUGGAGAUAACGGAAACUGGAGACCCUUUUUGGAAGCUUUUCUGAUCAUCGAGUUGUUUGCAGACGUGUGUAGAUUGAUGCUGCCUGGUCCAGAUGGAUGUGACGGAUGUGAUCACAACUAUCCCACCUCGUACCACGCCUGUGUCAAUUACAAGAUGCCUUACCAUUGGAAUAAAGAGGGGAUUGUACAAUAUCUCGAGACAGGGGCCCAAAACCUUCGUAAGCGUAUUUCAAAGGGAAAACUAUGGAACAAAUGGGUAGUGUAUUUUAGUCAUUUGACGGGCGAGUCUCACAUGACUCACCUGGUUCCUUACCGAACCUGGCAGGAAUUUAUCAAAGAACGACUUCCUAUUCAUGUUCAAGACGCCGACUUUUUUCUAGAAACUUACGAGUUAUGGUACGAAAGGGUCCCGGGUACAGACUAUCUCGCAUUGCAGAAUGUGAUUGACGAAUACAACCCCAAUGAUAGGAGAAAGGGGUUUCCAACAUUUUCAGAAGAAUACCAUGAUAUCUAUGGGUACUCGUACGAUCAUGAUUCGGAUGAAGAAGAUUAAUACUGGAUAGAAAGUAGCAUAUUGACGAAGAAUGUAAAGAAUAUUUAAAAUACUUUGCUUAACGUUGCUUGUAUUGUAUGUCAAA